AUGGCGAAGGCUGGCAUCAAGAUCCCCCGCAACUUCAAGCUUCUUGAGGAGCUGGAGAAGGGCGAAAAGGGCGUCGGUGACGGUGCUGUGAGCUAUGGUCUCGCUGAUCCCGAUGACAGCAUGCUCUCCAGCUGGGCUGGCACCAUCAUCGGCCCGCCUAACUCUGUUCACGAGGGCCGCAUCUACACCGUUCACAUCAACUGCGGCAACGAGUAUCCCCAGAGGCCCCCUCUUGUGAAAUUCGUGUCUCGCGUAAACAUGGCCUGCGUCAACCAGUCCAACGGCACGGUUGAUCCUCGUGGCUUCGCCAUUCUGGCGCAGUGGAAGGAGGAGUACAGCAUCGAGACGAUACUUGUGGGCCUGCGCAACGAGAUGACUUCUGCGCAGAACAGGAAGCUCUCGCAGCCUCCUGAGGGCACCAACUUUUAG